AUGAAUUACAUUCAAGAAAAUUCUUUAUUACCAUAUCAAACAUUUUCAACUUCAAAUAUGACAAUUGAAUUAUGUUUUCGUCUAUGUCGACAAUGGAAAAUAUUAAUAAAUAACAAUGGUACAAAUUGUAUUUGUUUAUAUACAAUGACUAAACCAAAUGAAUUCAAUGAAUUUCUUGGUGAAUUUGUAACAAUAAAUAAUUGUACUUCAAAUGAUUUACAAAUAUAUUCAUUAACAAAAGAUGUUGAUUUAUUACCAUCAACAUCCCUGUCCAAUUAUGAUUGGUCACUUGAUGGUUGUUAUUAUUUGCACGGUAUUCAAACAUAUCGUGCUAAUCUUCUAUUAAAUGAUAUUGAUUAUAAUCAAGGAAUUGAUGCAUGUCGAAAAAAUUGUCAACUAAUCCGUCAAACAAAUUAUUUUUCAUUUUUUCUUUCGUUAAGAAAAUCUUGUUAUUGUUUACCAAUUGAAGUAUCCCAAGCAAUCAUACUUAAGGCUGUACGAAAACCACUUAUUCAUUGUUCAUUUCUAUCUUAUUUAAAAAGUGGAUUCGAAAAUUUUUCAAGUCAAUCCGAAAUCAAUUUAGAUACAGUUGUUAAAAUAAAUGUCCAACGCUAUUGUUCACCCGCUUUUAUUUUUGAUAGAAAUUUGCAUCUAUGCUUGAAGUUCAUUCCACUUGGUAUACUUAAUAACUAUCAAAAAAUUAAUACUAAUGAAAAUUGUUUACCAAUGUUAAUAAAAACAUAUGAACAAUGGAAUCAUUUAAUGUCAAGAUCAUUUACACUACGUACACGUACAUUUAUUAAGAUUGAUCGUAAUUCAGCGUAUAUAUUUGAUGAUUUAUUUAAAUCGAGAAAUAGUUCAUUAAAAUCAAGUGAUCUUUGUAUUGUUGUUGUUCAAACUAAUUCAAAUCGAUCAUUAUCAUUUGAUCUUCUUCCAUGUUCAACUGCACAUUCAUCAGGAUCUGUACUUUGUUCACAAAAACCUCUAGAAACAAUAAUGUCCGAUCAAGCAGAAUUUAAAAUGAUGUAA